AUGGACGGCUCGCCCGAACACGAUCCUGAUCAUCCUUAUUAUCAUCGUUUCAUCCGGGCUAUUCAACGGCAGGCGCUUCCCGCGGCUUCCCUGAGUGAUCCCACACCAGUUCUUCCCCAAGUAAGUCCCUUCCGCACCCCGGAUCCGCCACGCACAGCCCUGCUUCCGCCCUUCCCCGGGAGAAUCGCCCUUCUCGCCGCUUCCCCGGGCCAGCUCCCUCGCGCGUAUUCCGGCAACACGAUUCCCGGGGCGGCGUCCAGCAGCAGCAGCAGCGGCGGCACCGGCAGCAGCGCGCAGAGCCGGCAGUCUGGGCUCCGUCUGACGCGGCGGCUGGAUCUGGCGGCCUCAGAGAGCGGCGCCGCUGGCGGAGAAGGCGGCGGCCUCCGCGGUAGUGGUGGCGGCGUCCGCGAGCAGCGCGGUCGCAAGCAGCGGCGGCGGAUUCUACCGAGCGAAGAUGAGGUAAAAGCCGCUGCCGCUGGACACUUGGGCGGCCACGUGGCUGGCCAUUUUGGUGCCCACGUGGCAGGUCACUUGGGUGGCCACGAGGCUGCCACGUUUCAGAGGUUCUUUGGUGGCAGCAACUUUGGCGCAGCAGCAGGAGGAGCAAAUGCAGAGUUCGGAGAAGGACGAGGUGGGGGGGAAGUGGCAGGCGGAGAAGGAUUUCCGGGAGUAUUUACCCCAGGUUAUUCUGCUGCUGAUCUAGACGCUCUUAGACACGGGAGUGACUUGCACUCUCAACUAGCCCACCUGCUCCAGCAAAACGCUGCUGCUGCCAUGACUGCCGCUGCUACUACGGCUGCUGCUGCCAACCCAAGUGCUGCUGCUACUGCUGCCCACCCAGAAAGCCACAGCACGUUGCAGGCAUUGGGUUUACUAGGAGGGAAUACUGGGGGUUUUAGUAGGCAAGGAGGGGAGGGGGCGCGGAUAGAGGGCGGGGUUCUGGUGGGGGAGAUGGAAAGAGGGCUUUGGGAUAUGGGUGGAGGGGUGGAGGGACGCAUGGGAGGGAUGGGAGGAGGGAAGAGAGGCGGUAUGAGUGGGAGAAUGAAUGAGGGGAUGAGUGGCGGGAUGGGAGGACGAUGGGGGGGAGGAAUGAGUGGGGGACUGAAUGAUGAAAUGAAUAGGUUAGAGGGGAUGAGAGGCGACAUGAUGGCAGGGCAGGCCACAGCACCACCUCCUUCAGUCAUCCCCACUGACCUGCGCGCUUCCCUCUCCCUAAGCGCCGCUACAGCUGGGGAUUUCCACCGUGCCGCUCCGGGCUUCUGCAUGGCCGCCCCGCUACAGCCGCUGGCAGGAGGCUCGUUGGGCGGCAGUGGCGGCAGCAGUGGCGGCGGGUUGCUGUAUGAAUGCAGAUUCUGCGGGAAGGGAUUCGCGCAGUCGCAGGCGCUUGGAGGGCAUAUGAACACUCACCGCCGAGUGCUCGCCUGGGAGCCGGAGAGGCACAGCUGCUCCUGGCGCUCUCCCAGGGAGCUUCCAUGGUGCAACCAGCGGCAAUGUUCCAACCAGUGCCUUUGGCCCAACCAGGACUCACUGCAUUCCCUCACGGCUCAACCAGCGGCCCUCUUGCAGCAGCUGCCAACGUUGAACCCAACCCAGCAGCAGCUCAUGCAACACAGAGAGCAAUGCAGGGUCAAGGCCCCUCCCUUCAAGGCCCCUCCUUCCAAGGUCACUCCCUUCAAGCAGAAGCAACAGCAGCAGCAGCAACAGCAGCAGCAGCAGCAGCAGCAGCAGCAGCAGCAGCAGCAGCAGCAGCAGCAGCAGCAGCAGCAGCAGCAGCAGCAGCAGCAGCAGCAGCAGCAGCAGCAGCAGCAGCAGCAGCAGCAGCAGCAGCAGCAGCAACAGCAGCAACAGCAACAGCAGCAAGAGCAGGAGCAGCUGCAGCAACUGUGUGACCAGGAUCGGGAACAAAAUGAAAAUCAGGGUUAG